AUGGAAUCUUCAGAGACAAACCCUGAUCUUGAGUCGUUUAGGGAGCAGUGGAGGGCUGAGGUCAGGGCUAGACAUCAGCAGUCACACCGCCCCCGUCAGCAUCAACAUGCUACGGCUGGACCAUCGACGGGGUCGAGGAAGCCGCCUCCUCCUACGAAGAAGCCGAUCGCCAAGGAGUAUGAGGAGGAUUAUGUGCCUACAAAGGUGUUUGAUGAACCCGGACAGCCGGCCACAAUUACAGGAGUUGCCGCUGUGCCCACUAAGAAGGAGCCAUUCACCGCUCUCGAGCAUUAUGAGAAGGCUGUGGAAAGGGAGGCGGCGGGGAAUUUGGGGGAUAGUUUGAGGCUGUAUAGAAAGGCGUUUAGGAUGGACGACCAAGUCGAUCAAAACUACAAAGCGAAGCACUUCCCCAGGGCGAAAUUUCCCCAAAAGAUGGCAGCACCAAAGUCGGGGGAUUCCUCUACGGCUGCGGCACCGGGGGAUGCAAAAGCCGAUCAGCCUCAGACUAUGAAGGAGCUCAUCGCCAGUUUUGCGGGUUUGAGUAUUGAGCCGGUGCCGCCAGAAAUCGAGGGCAUGCCUCAGCCUCCCUGCCCGAUUUCGAACCUGCCUGAUGAGAUACUUGUUCACAUCCUCCGUGACGUUGCUGUUGCGGAUGUGGGUGACUUUGUUCGUCUGGCGCAGGUAUGCAAGCGGUUUGCGUUUUUGGUCGUGACGGAGGAUAGGAUAUGGCGGCGGAUUUGUUUGGGGGUGGAGUUUGGUUUUGGGGGGAUGCACUACCACUGGCAGAGGCAGAUCACUUGGGAGCCGCUUGCCGAGGAGGAUCUCGAGCGGGAGGCGGCUGAGGAGGCGGCUGCUGUGGAGGCGUUUACGCAGAGCAGCGGUGCGACUUCGCCAACGGAGACUGAACAAGAAGAUGGUUUUGUUGUGCCAGUUUUUGACCUGGAGAAACGGGCGGAGAAGUUGGCUGAUGAAUCGACAGCCAAUACGCUGGCGUUUUUCAACAGCCUUUACGGGUCGAGUUGGCAACGGAUGUUCCGUCUUCGUCCGAGGUUGAGGUUUAAUGGGUGUUAUAUCAGCACUGUGAACUACGUCCGGAGCGGGAUGGCUAAUUCGAACAGUAUCACUUGGGGGGCGCCGAUUCAUGUCGUGACGUACUACCGGUACCUACGAUUUUUCCGGGACGGGACUUGUUUGUCACUGUUGACUACAGCGGAACCAAACGAUGUGGUUCACCACCUUACCCGUGAGACUUAUGCCUCCCACCAUUCGGGGCAUGUGAUGGAGUCAGCGCUAAAGGGGAGGUGGAGGUUGGCGAGGGCGGGGGAUAACCCGGGGGCUAGUCUGAGCGAGGUUGAAGGGGAUGUGAUGGUGGAGACGGAGGGGGUGAGUAAGUAUGUGUACAGGUUGGAUCUGACGCUGAAGAGCGCGGGGAAGGGGGCGAGGAAUAAUAAGUUGGCUUGGAGGGGGUUUUAUAGCUGGAAUAGGCUGACGGAUGAUUGGGCUGAGUUUACGCUGAGGAAUGAUAAGCCUUUUUUCUUUUCGAGGGUGAGGAGUUAUGGGGUUAUGGGGGCGUAG